AUGACGCCUACGUCUUUGCGGCAACAGACGUGUCGGGCACACUCAGGCAGACUGCUUCGUUGUACUCCAAAAGCAGCAGAGCCAUUCCGCAGUCCUUUUUCUGAUGGAGUUCAGAUGGAGUUCAAAAAUGACGGGGUGAAAUUGAGCAGUGCUUCGAAUCCCACACGUAGUAGAAGAAGUCGAAUAAAGAAAAGACGGUCGGACAUAGCCAUUACCCCACUUCGAAACGAGAUUCUACAAAAUAAGAGUGAAACAACGCCUCGGAGAUCAGCACCGAUAUUGAUGCGUGAUCUUCCCCCGCCUCUACUAAGUAUGAAAUCAAGGGAUGAUCUAGAUCUUUGUGGAUUGCCUAAAGCUGCUGCUGAUGCAUACAUUGAGAAAAGAAAUAUCAAACAGUUAUACGAUUGGCAAAAAGAGUGCUUGUCCGACCAAAGACUUCGACGAGGGUCGAACUGUAUCGUGUCCUUACCAACGGGAGCCGGUAAAACUCUUAUAGCUGAGGUUUUGAUGUUGCGAGAGGCUAUUGUAAAUAAAAGAAGCUCAAUCCUUGUAUUGCCCUAUGUAGCUAUUGUUCAAGAGAAGAUUGCAUCCUUGUCAGUUUUUGAGGAGGUAUUCGGGAUUCGGAUAGAAGAAUAUGCUGCAAACAAAGGCCGAAUCCCUCCCAUUAAACGAAGGAAGGACGUGUCCAUGUAUAUAGCGACGAUAGAGAAGGCCAAUAACCUCCUGAACUCCCUUAUUGAAACGGGAGAGUUGGACCGCAUUGGCCUUAUUGUCGUUGAUGAGCUUCAUAUGAUUGGAGACGGGUGUCGCGGGACGAUAAUUGAACAGCUUUUGUGUAAAUACUUGACGAAAGGAUUCGGUCAGAUCAUUGGCAUGUCAGCCACUCUGUCCAACAUUGAGGAGCUGGCUGGUUUUCUCCGUGCAUAUGUAUUCACAACAUCAUUCCGGCCAGUUGAGCUUCAUGAGUUUGUUCGGAUAGGUCAAACAAUGUGGAAGGUCACCACCACAGGAGAGCUUGAGCUCAAUGCAGAACUGCCUCCAAAUCGUCUUUCAAAAGUUGAUCCAGAUGGGUUGUGCCAGCUACUGAUCGGAGUCAUUCCACAGCACUCAGUUCUGAUCUUUUGCCCUACGAAGAAGAAUUGUGAAAGUGUCGCAACGUUGUUAGCAAAGUGUGUGCCAGCAGAAGUGCGCAAAAGAAGGCUGGAAGAGCGGAGAAAAGUGAUCGAAGCGAUGAAAGAGGAUUGUGAAGGACAGUUAUCGCCCGUGCUGGAAAAUGCCAUGUUGGCUGGAAUUGCAUACCAUCAUUCAGGUUUAACACAUGAAGAGCGGAAACAUAUUGAGGCUGCCUACAGCGAAGGUAUUCUUUGCAUCGUGUGUGCCACAUCUACAUUAGCGGCUGGCGUGAAUAUGCCUGCCAGGAGGGUUAUCAUCAAGUCUCCAACUAUUGGAUGCAGCGCGCUUGGAAAAGCUCAAUACUUGCAAAUGAUAGGACGAGCAGGAAGAGCUGGGUUCGAUAAGAAGGGUGACAGUAUAACAAUAGUUCGCCCGGGGCUCGAAGAGAGGCAGUUUCGUGCUUUGCUUUGCUCCCCAAUAAUGUCUUGUUCGAGUGGGCUUGCGAGUUUAGAAUAUCUUUCAUCGUUUAUCGUAGAUUUGGUUACAUUGAAGAUUGCCAACUCAUUGGACUCUCUGUGUGAGACAUUGACGCAGACGUUGUUGUAUGCCCAGUCUGGCUAUGCAGCUAUUAGAGAUGCGGUAACUGAAGCAGUGGAAAGGCUUAAAAAAGAGGCGCUAAUAGUUGAGAACAACGAGGGGAUUCUGUCCUCCUCCCAACUAGGAACUGCGACAUUUGUUGCGAACCUUUCUCCACUUGAUGCUCAACGUCUUUCUUCCGACUUAUCCGCUACACUCAACGAUGGACUGGUGUUUUCUUCUCACUUCCAUCUGCUGUUCACCAUAGCUCCAUACGAUGCGGCCUGCGCUGUAGAUUGGGACCUUUUUCACACUUUGUAUCUGGCUCUAUCUGAUAGUGAGAAAAAGUUGUUAUCAUCUUAUGGUAUUCCCGAGCGCGUCAUUUUGCAGUAUAUAGUGAAGAAGAAGCGAUUGGAGGCUGGAGAUGCUGCAAUGCGUCUUUAUAUUGGGCUACUUUUGCAAGAGAUAUGGAAGCAACAACCUCAUGCUGUUGUUGCUGAAAGGUUCGGAGUCGAUCGAGGAUGGUUACAGAACACUUUACAGAAUGCCACUUCGCAAGCGGCUGCAAUUGCAAAGUUCUCAGAAAAAAUACCCUCUCUUUGGCCUCUUCGUCUACUUCUUCCUGAGUUGGUGCAGAAACUUUCCGACUGCGCUGUGACUGAACUGAUCCCUUUGAUGGCUAUAGACGGCGUGAAACGAGGCCGAGCGAGGCAACUUUAUGCAGCUGGCUACAAAACUGUUGCGAAGGUCGCGAAGGCAAACUACAAGGAUCUUCUAAGGGAUAUUGUGAAUCUUAGUCGAUUCAAUGCAAUACGGAUGAUUAACUCUGCUAAGAUCAUUCUUCGCGACCUACUGGAUGAAAAGAUAGAAGAACUCGAUGCGAUUGGCGUUGAGUCGUCUGAGAUCGAAAAACUUAUGAAAAAUAACACGAGUGCUGUUUGUUGGUUUCUCUUUGGAUUCACCUCCUCCGUGCUUAUAAACCGUUGCUACCGGUGUCGAGUGCUCUGCCCCUGUGCCGACGGCGUACCGUGUUGGCGGAGCGUUGACGUUGACAGCGGAAAUCGCAUUGCAACUGUGGAGAAUAAUUUCGUUUCACUUAUGAUCUCCGCGGAACACAACUGCGAUGAAUGUCCGUCGAAGCCUGGGCCAUCGACGAAACAACCUUCUUCUCCUUCAUCUGCCAGCGGACGAAUUCGUCUCUUUUCACCGGAAGGUGAUCGUAGUGCGUUGGCGACAAUCUCACUUGAUACGACGGCUGUCGACCUUGCAAAAGCGUAUGAGGUGGAUUCAAUCUAUCUUCAAAUCGGAAACCUACAUAUACGAAAUCUCUCGCCAAAAGCUCGACCUCUGCUCAUACUCAGGGAAUUUCUCGCCUCCUUAGGGCAUUCCGAGAACGCCAUCCUCACACGCGGAACUGAUUUGCGGUUUCGACAUCUUAUCGCAUUUUUUCUCGGACGUCCCGUGCUUCAGCCGAACAGUGUAGUGCGAUCCGAAAUCCUCGUCGAUAUGUGCGAUGUACGAAGGGGAAAACUCGUACAUCGAUGGAGUCGACACAAAUGUUUACUCUACAAUGGAUGUCUUCGAAUACAAAAAGAAACCGGCGAAGACGAAGUCGUAGGCCUUUCGCGGUGUCGAGUGGAUGUGUGCGAUACGCGACGUGGUAGAUGUCUUCGUGUACAGAAUUCCACCUCGGUCAUACUACUACGAUUUGACGAUUCUGAAACUCUCGCUCUAUGGUCUACGAGGUGUCGUCAGAGCGGCCAACGUCACGUUUAUGAUCUCAGCGACAGGAAACUAACACUACUGCCGGAAACGUUGCUUUGCUCCGCACCUCCAGACAUCCAGCAGUUGAACCUUCGAAGGAAUUCGCUUUUGAUAAGAAGCAGCAACGAUGCCACAACUGCACAAGUCGGCUGGCUUGAUGAUUUGACCCGACUAGUCUCACUCACCUCUCUGGAUUUGUCUUCAAAUCGUUUAUCGACUUUCCCCCUCUCAAUCACUGAACUGAUCAAUUUGCGGAAAUUAAAUAUGGCAUCAAAUUGUAUUCAAACGGUUCCACCCAAUGUAAGACUUUUAAAAAGGUUAACCUCGCUGGAUCUAGAGAAUAAUUGGAUUAGUUUGUUGCCACCUCAGCUGGCAGACUGCGAUCAGCUUAUCUGGCUCAAUUUAAAGUUCAAUAGGAUCAAGCAGGUGCCUGAAGAAAUCUUGUUGAGAUUACCACAUCUUAUAGAAUGGAGUUUGGCUGGGAAUUACAUCGAAUCCGUGACCACUGAUCAGCAAACGCGUAUAAACAGACUUGACCUGCGCCGUACGUCGUUAUGCGGAUGCUUCCGAUUGCCGAGCUCAUGCUUUGAUCAGUUGACGUUUUUGGAUAUUCGCGAUAACUGCAAUGUUUCAACGGUUCAUCUAACAAAUAUGCCAUCACUACAGGUUUUGCACUGUGAACGAUUACAAUUGACUUCUCUUCAUUUGAAUGGGCAAAGUCUCACUCAUCUUCAUGCGCAUCAUAAUAUGUUGGACUGUCUUAUAAUCAUGCCAGUUCCUCUUCACCUAGUGUUCAUGGACAUCUCAUACAACAAUUUUGAAUCUAUACCGGAUUGGAUCUGUGAUCUGCCACAAAUUGAUUGUCUGCGAGUCAAUAAUAACAGGCUAUCCGCUGUUCCGGAAAGGCUGCUGACUGUGACCUCUAUGCGAUACCUUUACUGUAAAAAUAACAGGAUCAAGUCGUUGCCGGAUCCUGCCGAGAACCUCAGCCUCGUCUCUUGUGUUUUACACGGCAAUCAACUGACAGAGCUACCACGCGAAUUUUUUCGAAGAUGUCCGAAAUUGCGACAUUUGAAUGUGUCCUUCAAUCGUCUUACGUCCAUCCCAUCAGUAAGUGGAAAUAUCGAUCGCAAUCGAAUCAAUACUCUUCGACUUAGCGGGAAUCGUCUGGACGAGUCAAUUGUACCUAUUUUAAUGAAGAUGAGACGAAUGAAAGUUCUGGAUAUUUCACAUAAUAAGUUGAGGUAUUUCGAUGACAGCGCGCUGGGGUCAUUGACUCUGUUGGAAGAGCUGAACUUGAGCUCAAACGAACUGUCAACACUCUCCUCAUCAAUUUUCGACCUAUCGGCAUUACAAGUCCUCAGGGCACAUUCCAAUCGGGUCAGGACAAUACCAGAUCUAUCGGCGUCGCCUUCUUUACAAGUAUAG